AUGUUCUACAAAUUCAAUAAUCUCAAGAACCCUCUUCGUUUUAUAUCUCAAGCAUACAAUAAUUAGUAAGCGAAAGACAAAAAAUAGCAAAUGGAGUUCAUUUAUCUAUUAAAAAAUAAUAAAAUUAAUAACAAAUCUUACUUUAAUAAAUAAUAACCAAUUCUAAUUUAAUACUACACUUUAUAAUAACUUAUUUAAUAAAAUACUAAAUCGUUAAUAGUAACAAAAAUGUUUUAAACUAUUUAUUUAUUUGCAUUACAAACUUGUUUUUAUAUUAACUUUAACACUUAAAAUACUCAUCAUCAAACUCAUUAAAUCUUCUUGUUUGUUCAAUGCAUUUAUUUAUAUUUCCUUUAUCAUAUAUAAAAAAAGACAGAAUUUAUAUUUAUUUUUGCAAUAAAAUAAUAAUUAAAAUUAUGA